AUGCUUCGCCAAGCUGCUCGACCUCUCGCCUCUGCGAACCGUGCCCUUCUCAGCCGGUCCUUUGCCGUCGCUACUCCCCGGAUGGGUGCUGGCGAUACUGGCGCCCCCAAGCCGGGUGGUGCUGCUGCCGAGGACACAUUCUCUCGUCGCGAGGCUGCCCAGGAAAACCUCUAUAUCUACGAGCAAGAAAAGGCAAAGCUCCUCGCCCUCAAGGCCAAGUUGCAGGAACAGCGCAAGCACCUCGACGAGCUCGACAAGCACAUUGAUGACUUGACCAAGAGCCAAGGUGGCGAGAAGAAUUAA